UAGUCUGAUGAUUCCUAUCGUCCAUUUUUCAGUCGAUUACUUCCGUCUUUUUCAAACUAAACAUGGCGGCCACCCCAGCUACAAAUCCAUCACAGUUGCUCCCACUUGAGCUCGUGGACAAAUGUAUAGGUUCCCGAAUCCAUAUUGUCAUGAAAAACGACAAAGAAAUUGUCGGCACCCUGUUGGGUUUCGAUGAUUUUGUCAACAUGGUGUUGGAGGACGUGACAGAAUUUGAAAUCACACCGGAGGGAAGAAGGAUAACCAAACUGGACCAGAUCCUACUCAACGGCAACAACAUCACCAUGCUCAUACCUGGAGGCGAAGGGCCUGAAGUAUGAAAAAAGAAGCAAAGGUUUUUUUCUGAAACAUUUUUUUAUGUUCUUGUGGAUGUAUACUUGCCUUCUCAUCAGUACUUUCUUUAACCAGUUUGUGAUAAUGUUAUAUUUUGGGUUCUUUCUUUCAGUUUUGAGAAGAUUUUUGUAACAAGUGUUUUCCCUAAUGAAGCCUUGAUAAUGUGUGUACAGAGCAACAGUUGGUUUGACCUUUGACAUGUAAACCAUUUUUACCAUGUAGUGGAACUACACAUUUUUUCUUAUAAAUAAAUCACAGAAUCAAGUGUCAUUGGAAAUAAACAACCCCCAGUGUG